AUGUGCUACAGGCAGCAGCAGCAGCCCGCGUCGGUACUCGGCGCGCACGGCUUCACAACGGAAGUGGCGGGCCGCGACCGCGUGCGUUACUUCCGCCGUCCGGUCGAGGCGCGCAGCAUCCCGACGGCGUAUGCCGAUAUUGACAACGUCCGCUUCGCCUCCAGCGCGCCCGCAACGCCGCUGCCGACAGUCGGGCAAUUCGCUGCCGCGUCGUUCCCCAGCCGCACCGCCUCUGCGGCUGGGAAGAGCGGAGAGGCGCGGCCAUACCGGCUGCCGGCGAUGCGGAAACGUGGCAUGGACAAAGCACCGCAAAAGCCUGUGACACCAACAACAAAAACAACAAUCACUUCGGAGGGUAGUGCGGGACAGGGGCGCGACGCGGGUAUCCAAACGGUAUUUCGCGAGAACGAGGCACAGACGUUGCCGUACACACCCGACUUCUACAUUCCGGAGGGCGGCGACCCCAACCCGGAGGUGCUUGGCCUGCGUGACUUGAAGUGGAAUGACGGGCUGCCGGCCGGCACGGAGGAGGUGGAGCUCAUUCAGCGACUGCGGCGUCGACGCGCACUGGAGGCCUCGCUCCCGCAAGAGACGGACGCCAAAACGGCGGAGGUGCGAUUCCGCGCCCUCUACGAGUUGGAGGAGCAGGAGCGGAAGGAGCGCGAGGAGCAUAUGGAGAAGAUACGCCAGCGCCGCCUCAAUGGAAUCCGCGACGCCCUGAUGGAGCGCGAUCGCGCACGUGAGGAGGCCAACCGCUGUCGGCUGGAGGUUGUCAAGGCGCAGAGGCUCGCUGAUUUGCGGCGGGUGAUUGAGCGGACAGAGGUGAAGCGCAUCGCAACUGAGCAAAAGUCAAUGGAGAAGGGGGCAUCCGCGACGACGCCGUCUGCCACACGCGGGAUGCAUGCCGUGGAUCCGAUCGAGACACACAAACAAAAGAAGGAUCUAAUAGAAAACUACUCCAAGUACGGCGCUGCCGCCUCCACGCCGCAUGUCCCAGUCAGCGGCUCCAGGCCACCUGCGCCAAUGAAACCGGCUGAACACUUCCGCCACUAUGAUGUGCGCCCGACAAUGCUCACGUUACCGGAGGGCGUCAAGGAGCUGGAAGGCGCCAAGGUGCCACGCAUACUGCAGCUCCCACAGAAUGUCUUUGUGGCGCCGGAGAACCACGCCAUUAACUCUCUGCCAACGCUCUACCAGCGGCGCGAGGCAACACGUGUGGUGGACGCACUCGAGUAUGUCAAUGCGAAGAUUCAGAAGGAUGAUGCCCCUGCUGAGGCGUUCCGUGUGCUAGAGCUCUACCGUGCCACUCCACGCCUGCAGCGCCCCGACACACCCGAGUUGGAGUUGGAGGGUGACGCGGAAGAGGAGGUGGAGGAGGCUUGCAUCCUUCUCCAGCGUCUGCUGCGUGGUCGCGCGGUACAGAACGACUUCUUUGAUGGCAAGGAGCGGUGUCGUGGUCUUAUUGAGGAGCUGCAGGCGGCCUCGAACGCCAAGUACGCGGAACGCAGCCCGGAGAAGAAGAAAGAGGAUGCGGAGGCCAAGCGACGCGAGGGCAUCGCCGACAGCGUGGCAGAUGUGGCACAGGGAGACAUCAUUGUGGAUACAUUAGACUACCUCUUCCAUGAACUGACGCGGCGGCAAGACCUCAGUGCGUUGGAGGAUCUCCGCUCUGAGGCGGAGGCGGUACGUGCAGAACGUGAGGCAAAGGAGGCGGAGCUCCGCGCACAGGAACGCAUCCUGCACGACAAGGAAGCGGUUCAAUACGCUGCCUACACUCGCGCUAUUGACGACGUGGUGGAGUGCUACGCGCACCAGCUUUACACCACUGCAGCGGAGGAGUGUGCGAUGGAGGAGGCGAUUGGCGCAGAGUGCAGCCGCCUGGAGAGCAUUCCCCGCCCCUCCUUCAACCUCAGCACCCCCGACGGGACGGAGAACGUGGUAUGCGACAUGCUCGACAGCUUUGUGCUGCCAACAGUGGUGGACAUGGUGCGCCUUCGCCCGGACAACUUGAAGCGGGAAGCCCCUGCUGCUCUGGCGGUCGAUGUUCUCAAAGACGCCCUUCCACCGAAAGAAGAUCACUCUGCAUAG